AUGUUGCGGGAAAACGGCAAAGUCAUCACGAUGGAAGAAACGCAACAGGCCCUUUCCACCGCAGAUAGGACCCGGAAAUUGCUCGACUUGUACGAGUUUGGUGUUGCAACCUCCAUUGCGGAAGUUGUACCCGGCGAGAGCGGUACCAGCGUUACUGGACUACCAAAGGAGGCUUCAGUCGGUACCAAGAGAUUUUCUGACUUUGAUCUUGCUGGCAAUGCAUUUGUCGUUACAGGAGGUGCUCGAGGCUUGGGCUUGGCCCUUGCAGAAGCACUUGUUGAGGCAGGCGGCAAAGUUUACUGCCUUGAUCGAUUACCAGAGCCUGAUCAAGAAUGGCAAAGAGCUCAGCAGCGCGUCGUUCCUGAAUGGGGCGGCACGUUGGAGUAUAAACAACUGGAUGUGAACAACACGGCUGAACUCAACAGACUCAUGGAAGAGAUUGCUUCUGAGAAUGGAGGGAUACAAGGCGUCAUUGCUGCUGCCGGUAUACAGCAGCUUACCCCUGCCAUAGACUACACGGCAGAAGACGUAAACAAAAUGAUACAAACCAACUAUACAGCGGCAUUUAUGACGGCUCAGGCAGCAGCCAGAAUGAUGCUGAAGUAUAAAAGCCGCGGGAGCAUCUGCUUGGUGGCCAGCAUGUCUGGUUCCGUGGCAAACAAGGGCCUUUUUUCAUCGGCAUAUAACUCCUCGAAGGCAGCGCUGAUACAGUUGGCACGAAAUCUUGCCAUGGAAUGGAGCUCCGUCAAAGCGAACGGCGAGGGCGGUAUCCGCGUCAACUGCUUGAGCCCGGGACACAUCGUUACGCCAAUGGUUCUUAAGAAUUUUGAAGAGGUGCCGGGCUUGAGAGAGACAUGGAGUCAAGAGAACAUGAUGGGGCGGCUGGCGGAAACGAGCGAGUUUAAGGGUGCUGGAUUGUUCCUCAUGAGCAAUGCCAGCACGUUUAUGACUGGGAGCAACCUGGUUAUCGACGGUGGGCAUACAGCCUGGUGA